AUGGGAAACUUUACAUAUGCUGUCAAAGCAGCUGUGGUGGCUUCGUUGCUCACGUCGUCUUUCUCGGCCGUUGUUGUGGAGAAAAGACAGUCCGUUGUGACAGGAUGGACAUAUUAUGGAUGUCAGACAGAGGGCACCAACGUGCGGGCUCUUGCUGCGAAGUCGACAGCAUAUGAUACUAUGACCCUCGAGUCUUGUGCCAGCGAUUGUGCAGGAUAUACCUACUUUGGCACGGAGUACGGCCGAGAGUGCUACUGUGGCAACGCAUUCGGAACUGGGUCUGCUAUUGCACCUGCAGCCGAUUGCAGCUUUAGCUGCAGAGGAAACUCUGCUGAGAAGUGUGGAGCUGGUAACCGGCUGUCUGUUUACACGGAAAGGUUGACAGGAGCGGUGUCGUCGGCCAAUGCAGGCAGUACGACAAAAGUAGCAGCGACUACAGCAACUGUCGCGUCAACUCAGCCAGCUGGUCCGGGUCCCCAAAAGAGUGACAUACCAGCUGGGGACAACAUUCCCGCGAAAGAAAAUGGGAAUAUUAAAUUGUCAGUUCUCCCGUAUAAAGUCUGGGAUACGCAGACGAACGAUCCCGUCUCAUGUAUCACUCGCUGUCAGCAAUUUGGGUUCAAUGCGGCAGGACUUGAGUACUCUUCACAAUGCUUUUGUGGAGAUAUCCAGAACCUCCAGGUCGCAUCUGCGCCAACCACCUCGACAAAUCCCAAUGAUGUUCAGCAGUACACGUACUCUGCCCUUCCUCUCAAGUACGCCGACUCUGUGUGCAACGCGCUCUGUUCGGGAAACAAGAACUACUAUUGCGGAUCUGGAAACAGACUCACUUACUACACUUGGACGACCUCUCCUGUCAAUUGGGCAAUCCCAACUGGAAAUGCGGGUGGCAAAUACUCGCUCUUGAUCGGAGGCGUUGUUGUGCCCCUGAUAGUAUCCCAAGCGAUUACUGGCAAAGUUACGUUUUUGGAGAAAGCUGGAACUGGAGAGCCCAAUGGCACUGGUGCCUAUGAACUUGAUCUUACUCAAAUUAACACCUUUAGCAUUGCAUGGAGACAAAUGACUGGUCUGAAAACAGAUGUCUUCUGCGCUGCAGGUCUCACUCUUCCCGACAAGGCCGGAAGGCAAAUCACCGUUGGUGGCUGGGCUGGUACGUCUAACUAUGGUAUCCGCUUGUAUUGGCCAGAUGGAUCCGCUGGAGUCAAGGGAACGCAGCAAUGGACUGAGGACCCCAAUAACCUCCAAUUGCUGGUCCCGCGCUGGUACCCUUCGGCAAUGAUCAUGGCGAAUGGCUCGAUCCUGGUCGUCGGUGGUGAGAUUGGUCAGAACGCAGAUCAGCAGCCAAACCUGGAGAUCCUCCCAAGAACAGGUGGAGGAACUGUCUACCUGGACUUCUUGCAACGAACGCAUCCAUUCAACCUCUACCCGUUCAUCAUGGUCGUCCCAUCAGGCAUAUUUAUCCUCUAUUAUAACGAGGCGAGGAUCCUAGACGAGAAGACGUUUGCUACGGUCAAGAUUCUGCCGAACCUGCCAGGUGCUGUCAAUGAUGCCACUGGAGGCCGGACAUAUCAGCUACAGGGCUCAAUGGUCGCGUUGCCGCAGUAUGCGCCUUUCACGGCUCCCGUAGGCGUCCUGGCUUGUGGCGGGUCCACUUCCAACGGGGGAUAUGCGAUUGAUAACUGUGUUUCUACGCAACCUGAAGCUGCAAACCCAGCUUGGACGAUUGAGCGGAUGCCUUCCCGGAGAGUCCUGCCUUGCAUGGCCGGUCUCCCAGAUGGAACCUACCUCAUUACAGGCGGCGGCCAGCACGGUGUUGCCGGCUUCGGACUUGGCGGCGCUCCCAAUCUCAAUGCCGUUUUGUACGACCCGUCCAAGCCAGUCAACCAGCGCAUGUCAGUCAUGGCCAACACCACCGUCGCCCGCCUCUACCACUCCGAGGCCAUCACUCUCCUCGACGGCCGCGUCAUGAUCUCCGGCUCGGAUCCCACCGGCGACUACAACAGUCCCCAGGGCAGCUGGCCCGAAGAGUACCGCGUCGAGGUCUUCACGCCCCCGUACCUGCUUUCCGGCCUCGCUCGCCCGACCUUCACCAUCGCCACCAAGGACUGGCAAUACGGCGCGGCCUACGCAUUCGCGCUCACUUCCGGUUCCACGGCGAACCUGAAAGUGUCGCUUCUCGGCUCCGUGUCGUCGACCCACGGCAACAGCAUGGGCCAGCGCACCUUGUUCCCCGCUGUCUCGUGCUCGGGGGCUACUUGCUCGAUUACAGCGCCUCCAAAUUCACACGUCUGCCCGCCCGGUUGGUAUAUGCUGUUCGUGCUCGAUGGGCCGACGCCUUCCGUGGGCCAGUUUGUGAGAAUCGGAGGGGACCCUGCGUCUCUUGGGAACUGGCCCAAGUUGGCCGGGUUUAAUUUGCCGGGCGUGUAG